UAUAGCAUUCAUUUUUAUAUUAAUUGAUGAUUUAAAUCAAUUAGCAAUUCUCUCAACAAUGCCAUUUUUAAUAACUUAUGCUUUUGUUAAUUAUUCCUAUGUUUCAUUGGCGAUGAGUUAUGAUCUUCAAUUUAUCAACAAAUUCAAUGCUACGACAAAAUAUGGCAGUAUGGGACAUUUAAAAGAUGCAACAAAUAAUGGUGAAGAUGAUUCGGCUGAUUUGGGAAAAUUAUUUUCGGGAAAAAAUUUGCAUGAUUUGCCAAAUGAAGAAGUAAGUUCCAGUUCCAUAAUUGGUCAACCGCAUACAUGGUAUUCAAUUUUCAGUAAUCGCUACAUAUCAUUUAUUGGAGCUAUUGUAAAUAUCCUUAUAAUAUUACUUAUAAAUUUCUGGUAUGCAUUGCUACAUUUGCUAGCAUUAGCUGCUUUAUAUUAUUACAUUGGACGGGUGUGCCCAUCUGUUUCACCUGGUAUCAGUCAAUUCUCACUUAUGCAUAUGUUCAAAACUGUAUUUUCAAGUGUUGGAGCAAUUAACACGGCAGGUAAUGCCCAAGUAAUUGCUGUAAAAAAUAUUACCAAUAAUCCGGAAAUUGAAACCACUACUACAGUUUUGAAUGAGGAAAAUCCGGAUUAUUCAAGCCGGAAACGUUAUCACUAUACCGAACAAACAGAAGCAGUGAUAAGUGAUCUACGUUAAAUGUUAAAAUCAUUCUGUCAAAUGCA